AUUCUCAUACAUAACCAACAAAAGAAAAAAAUAUAUAUUAUAUGACUUAUUAAUGAUCCGAUAUUACUAUAUUAGAGAAAAAAAAAAGCAAGUACAUGGGAAUAGUCAACUUUAAUAAUAUGCGAGUCAAAUACGAAAUCUUUGGAAUAAACUCUCUUCAAAUUCCUUUUUGAGUUGCUAGCCUUCUCCAUAUAUGAAUUCCCUUCGAUCCCCAUUUUCCCUGUGCUUUUCCUUUCCCUUGUCUCUCCCGUUCUUUCCGGUGGGAACUAAAGCCAGCGAACUGGUUGGUGUCUUUCGCUGCAUACGAGUUAAUCAAGCAAUGGAAAGCACGCCUCCAUACCCACUACAACUGCCUUUUUGUUCUGGUAAUAUUUCCUCUUCUUCUUCUUCUUCUUCUUCAGACAGCCAUGGGAGAUGCAGUCUUUCAUGCAAAAGCUACUGCAGCACAAACAGCAUCGUCUGCAGUAUAAAAAACAAACGUUCCGAUCUCAAGUCCCCACUUCAACUCCAGCUUCCUCUACGUCGGCCCAGACGCCGCCAUCCAACCCCAUCGCCAACCUCCAAACCACCAGUCAAGAAGACCCAAAAUGUCGCCGCCGCCAGCACCUCGGACAUCUUGCGCUUGAUGGAUGGCCUUGGCCUUUCUGUACCCAUCGACAUAUACACUUCCCUUAUCAAAGAAUGCGCCGAAACCAGGGACGCAGACGGAGCUGUUGAGCUCCACGCCCACGCCAAACGCAGCGGCCUCCGGUUUACAUUGCCGUUUCUCAACCGCAUUUUAAUGAUGUAUGCCUCGUGCGGGUUGGUUGAUAAUGCCCGCCAGAUAUUCGACAAAAUGCCACUUAGAGACUUUAAUUCUUGGGCUGUACUGAUUGCCGGUUACAUGGAUGGUGAUCUUUAUCAGGAAGCAAUAAGUUUGUUUGUGAAAAUGCGUUGUGAUAAUAAACUUCAAUGUGGGUAUGAUAGGCUGAUUGACUUCCCAGUUUCUUGGAUCAUUGUGUGCCUUGUAAAGGCAUGUGUGGAGACUAUGAACUUGGGACUUGGGGAACAACUUCAUGGUUGGUUGUUAAAGGUUGGUUAUGAUGUAGAUUUGUAUAUAAGUAGUUCCUUGAUAAAUAUGUAUGGGAGAUUGGGGCAUCUUGAAGGUGUGGACAUAGUUUUUGAUCAUAUGGCUUAUCGCAACACUCUGGUUUGGACGGCUAAACUUGUCAACAAAUGUAGGGAAGAGCACUUUUACGAAGUUUUGAAUGCGUUUAAGGACAUGGGGAGGGAAGGAGUAAAGAAGAACGGGUUUACGUUUUCUAGUGUUCUGAGAGCAUGUGCUAGGAUGAAUGACAAUGGGCAGUGUGGUCAGCAGGUGCAUGCUGAGUUGAUCAAGCUAGGGUUGGAAUCAAAUGAUUUUGUGCAGUGUGGGUUAGUCGACAUGUAUGGGAAAUGUGGGUUACUAAAGGAUGCAGAAAGGGAAUUCGAGAUGAUUGGAGAUGAGAAAACUGCAGCAUGUUGGAACGCAAUGCUUACAGGCUAUGUGAAACAUGGUCACUGCAUCAAGGCCAUCAAGGUUCUUUAUGCCAUGAAGACAGCUGGCCUGCAACCUCAGGAAUCGUUGCUCAAUGAAGUCAGGCAGUUGCAGCCAGGUAUCGUCGUCGUCGUCGUCUACUACUACUACUACUCGCCUACAGUUCUGAUCAUAUUUGCUCAUUAAUGGCAUAAUGAGCAAAGUGCAUAAACUAUGACCUUUGCUUCUGGGAUCCCACUUGUAUGUUCUGGAUCAGGCGUCCUGAAUUGGCAAUUGAAGGCAAGGAUUGAUUCAUGCUCUGGUUUUGAGGUUUUGCAUCUAGUCUGAAGUUGGGCAAAUAUUGCAUCUAGCUAGUGAUAUGUGGGUUACUAGCCACCUUCAGAACCUCAAAGUAUAUGAGUUUCUGCAUUUGCUGCCCCUCAAAACCUCAUUAAGGUUGUCUUUGACUUGAAGUGAGUAUUAUUCUGCCUUUCUAAUUGAUUAAGUUAUUCAUUCUCUCUCGCUCUUGAGGAGUGGAUAUUUCAGGCUUGGCAUCUACUUGUUGAUCUUAAGGAGCUGCUGAUGAAGCAAAAACCUCCAAAGAGGAUGUGUGUGUUGGACCCUCUCCAGACAAAAUAAGGUAUUAUCUUACUAACAAAGGCUAAACAUUCUGUGAUGGGCUUGUAUUCUCUGUUCAGUGCAGCAUCAAUAAAGAAUAGGGCAAAAUGUAGCAUGCAUCUUGAUUUUCGGUGUAAAUAUAGAGAUUAUUCAUUCACAUUUUAAAAUUUACACUGGGUAUCACUACUAAAAUAUAGGAAGUAUUAUUCACAUUUUAAAAAUAUAGAGAGGUGGGUAGUUGUAAUCUUCAUAACGUGAAAAGUUGGUGUUAUAAUUUAGUAUAACUUCAAAACUCACAAAGUUCAUUUGUAGAACAUAUCUGUCUAAACAAACAAAACAAGAUACAUAAUACUCAAACAUGAUCACAACAUGAUACUUCAGAUAACAACAUGAUAUUUGACAAAUUUCAUAUCUUACUCAAAUUUUAUUGGUAGGAUCGGUCUGCGGUCACUGGGCUUAAACCAAUAAUACUUGUCUUAGGUUGAGUCAUUUGAUUAGUUAAAUUUUAAUUUGGGUCCCCAUUGAUUGUAUUGACUUUUUUUUUUUAUAUUUUUUUAUCAUCAUGUAAAUAAACGAAAAAUAUAAAAUUGGUACCAUGCAUAGAACAUGAUUUCUUAUGGCUAAAAGAAAAAUGUGAAUACUCUACAGAUAAAACUAUGAAUGGUUUUGGAUUUUGUUGGAUUGGAUACAUCAUAAUUGAUUGGUCCUAGCUGAUUUAUGGGUUUUGGUUUUGUUCCAUUUCUGGGUUGGUUUGAAAACCCAACCAUGUUUUGGUCACACAGCUUCACCAGAAUCACCACCUUUACGCCGAAAACAGAACCAUAAGAUUCAACCGGGUUUACUUUUUGUUUAUUGAAAGUAGAAGACCUAAUUCCAUAUGAUCAAAUAUUAAUUUUUUUUAGACAAAAUGGAUAAUCCAAAGAUCUUAUAUAUACGUACAUGACCUCUUUCACUGAUUCUCACUAAAAUUCAAUAAAAACGUGAUUAACCUAUUCAUCCUUUAAAUUAAAAUAUAUAAUACAAUAAAACCUAACGACGUAAAACUUUCUAUUUCAUUUUAGGUCAUCUCCUCUAUUUGGCUAUGUGCUUGCUCUGUGAUUUGUUGUAACAUGCAAGUUAAUCGCAUGAUUCAUCAUGAUCAGAGCUUUUGCUCACGGAGCUAUAUUUUUCAUUAGAGAUUAUAAUCUGGAAUAGAAUGAAAAUAAUGUAUUGACAAGAAUGUUAGACCAUAAAGACAUCAAGUGGUUGAUAUUAUCUCUCUAGGAUUGGAAUUUCUUGUUUCAGAUGGUGAAUCUAUCAAAUUUGAUCAACUAUUAACCAGUAAUCUUAAUGUGGGCGGAUUUGGUCAGGGAGAUACAAAAAUAGUAUUUCAAGAUCCAUUAUGGGGUAAAUCACACCAAAGAUCACUAAACUUUGGUGUAUUUUUCAUUUUGAUCAUUAAACUUUAAUUCUUUUCAAUGUAAUCACAUAAGUUUAAAAAGUUUUGUAAUAUCGUUGCAUAUAAAAUUUUUCAGCCAAAAUGGGUGAUAUGGCGCUAAUGUGGCAAAUAAUAAAAAUAUUGUGUAAUAAUAUUUUAAUAUAAUAUUAUUAUAUAUUGACACGUGGCAUGUUCUGAUUGGUUGUCAUUGCAUAAUAAUUUUUAUUAUUUGCCACAUUUGCCGAAAAAUCUUAUAUGUGAUCAUAUUGCAAAAUUUUUUAAACUUUUGUGAUCACAUUACAAAGAAUUAAAGUUUAGUAACUAAAAUGAAAAACACACCAAAAUUUAGUGAUCUUUGGUGUGAUUUACCCACCCAUCCAUUAUGUGUUCAAGACCUUUUGUUCUUCUUAGCAUCUCUUAUCUUGGCACAAAUCUUUUUGGUUCUUAAAAAGAAACAGUUUGAGAAAGUUCAAUUGUCUGAAAUGAAUUUCUAGACUCACGGAUUUAUUAACAUUAAGUUUGUAAAAAGAACCAAAUUCUUGUUAGUGAUUAUGUAUAAUUAUAACAAAAAAAAUGAAAUUAUGAAAAAUCUUUUGCUUUUUUAUAUUCUUUUUCUAAGAGAUGUCGGGAAUUUCUUGUACCACAUUCCUAGUGAUAGUAUGUAAAGACUAUUUGACUUUAUCCCUUCUUUGUUAUUUUUAGCCAAAUUGGCGUGGUGUGAGUGUGUUACUCUUGCCAAAUUUGACUAUCAUAAAAUGCAUGAAUAGUUUUUUAUUCGAAUAGAAUCAAAUUCGACUAGAUACUAGACAUAAAUAAAUGGGAAAUAGAACGGAUAAAUGUGGAGAACAAAUAAUUCUAUAAAGGAUUAUUAUCUUCCUAAGAGCAGUGUGUCUAUCAAUUUGAUUAUAACGGCUUGCUCAAACUUAUAAUAGUCUAUUCAUAUUCAAUCGUUGAUAUUGAAAGAGUCAAUUCAAUGUAGUAUUUUUAGGAAACAUUCAAAUUGAUGAAUAAAAAUUUAUAGGGAUUUAAAGAUUCAUUAUUUUAGUUUAAUGUAUUAGUUUUAUUUAACUUAGAUUUUUUGUGUAAUUUAUACUCUUAUGGAAUUGAUCUAUUGUAACUAGAUAGUUCUAUCCCUAUUAGGGAUAGAACACAAAAAAAAAAUAUAUAUAUUUUUUCUUUAUAUUUAUGAAAUCAGAUAAAUGAAAAAUGAAUUAUUAAAAAAUAUUAAAAGAAUGGAAUAAAGAAGUGCACGUUAAAUGUACAAUUAUCAGAAACAAAAUUCUUGAAAAAUUGGUUAAUAGACGACAUUCAUAUACAAAUCCUAUUUCCUCUCUACUUGAAACUUUGGCAUAGAUCUAAGUCAUAGUCUUCUCGCAUAGAUCGAAUGAAAAAGAAAGGGUAAAAAAAUAAUUUUUAUUUUUUUACCAAUUUGGAGAAUGCAAAUAAUCCUCGGGCUGAUAUUUUUCCUUGGAAUCCAUUAAUAAUGCCUCAAGGGGUCCACUCUCCAUUAGAGUAGAAAUCAAUCACUGCCCAAUUGGCUAUUGUGAUUUGUGACACCC